UCUCUUCCAUUUUCCUCCGCCUCUGGUUGUCAAGAAGAUGGCAGCUUCCAGGCAGGCAUGAGAGGAAAUACUUCUUCACAAAUCGAAUGAAUUUGGAUUAUUGCCUCAAGAUUAGAGCACAUACCGGUGUUUUUGCAAUUACUGCAUCGAAAUAAAAGUCAUGUCUGCCCCUGGCUCCGCGGUGUCUGGGACCACGACGUCGGUUCUGCAGCCGCGAUGGAAACGGGUCCUCGGAUGGUCCGGUCCAGUUCCCCGGCCCAGACAUGGACACAGAGCUGUGGCCAUAAAGGAGCUUAUGGUCGUCUUUGGCGGUGGAAACGAAGGGAUUGUGGAUGAGUUACAUGUAUACAACACAGCAACAAACCAGUGGUUUAUCCCGGCAGUUCGUGGUGAUAUUCCUCCCGGUUGUGCUGCAUAUGGUUUUGUCUGCGAUGGCACAAGGUUGCUGGUAUUUGGUGGAAUGGUGGAGUAUGGAAAGUACAGCAACGAUCUCUAUGAACUACAGGUAAUCUUUCUAUAGAAAAUCAUUUGAUUU